CGCAGUGGGGAAGGAAGGCUGUGGUUUUGUGCAUGGCACACCCAAGCCUCUGCUUCCUUCCACGCCCCAGGGCCACAUGGGCUUCAGGAGCUCUGGGGUCUGAGAAAGUGUCCCAGAAGCAGCCAGGAACAGGUGGAUUUGGAGUAGACAGCUGGGGCCCGGGAGGAUGGAGCUGGUGAGUGAGGCUGGAGGCACCUCAGGGAAGGCCUCAAACGCCACACUCAGGGGGCUGAUUCUGUGGGCCUGGUCACCUGCCGCUCUGAGGAAAGAGCACGACAACCAAGCAAGGCCAAGGAAGGCUGCCCCCACUAUCGGCCCCCUCACCACGGCUGUGAGCCCCUCCAGAACAACUGCCUGAAAGAAGCAGGCUUUUCGCUGGGCCUUGAGGCACCAGUGGAUUGUCAGCUGCCAACAGGCUCUGAGCCCAAGUCAUGUGCCCAGCCCUUUGACCCUGGGGCUGCAGCUUCGGCCGCCAAGAGCAGCAGUGGCCCCUGGAGGCCUGAGAAUCCGGACUUCUUCUCUGUCAUGGGGGAUGAGCAGGCAGGUGUCUGCUGAGGCGGGCAGGAGCAGAUGGCAACUGUAGCAGCAAGAGGAGGUUCUCCCUGGGCGGCUCGGAGAAAGCAUGGAGGACCUCAGCCUGGACUUGGAGGCCCUUCAAGGCAGCACGUAUCUCGAGGACCUGGGACUUGGGUCCCCUUCCCACAGCCAGCCUGGGGGGGCCAAGGGCGGUGGCCCCCCUAGCGAAGCAGUGGGAAGAGAUUCAUCCUCCAGUUCGGCAGGGUCCACAGGCCUUCCUCAGAGACGCAGCUGGGAGAGGUCACGGAGCUGCUCGGACAGCUGGCAGAGGCUCAGCCUCGAUGCUUCCACUGUGAGUGAGGGGCCCUGUCUCCCCCGGACGCUAGCUAGCCUAGCUCUGAACCUGCCUGGAGAGGGUCUGCAGGCCUGGACUAAAGAGGCUCUGUCUGAGGACAGGACCCCAGCAGAGCUCCCAGCCAAGGAAUGUAACAGUCCCGAGAAAAAAGUGAGGUCCCGGUCUGUUCCCAUGUUGUUUGAUGAGAUCAGCUCCCUGGAAAUCUCUCAGGCCUUGGAGGUGCCUAUUCCAGCUGUUCAAGGCCUAGAGCCCCCGGUACUGGACAGCAUGGAAAAGGAUCACGUGGAGCCGGGUCAUGUGCUGAUGGUCCAACAGGUCCUGCAAGAACUUCGACAGUACCAUGGGGCCCGGCAGAGGGCUCGCUUGUCGGUCGGCCCUGGAGGAGCCCACUCAAACGUCACCUGGUUUGAGUUCUUGUCCGAGAGCGAGGAUGGUGUCAGCAAGAUGGAGAGGAGUGACAGGGGCACCGGGGUGAAGCGCAGACUCAGCUUCCUCCGCGGUCGAGUCUCCAGGCAGAAGGAGAAGGGGAAGAGCCCAGUGUAUCUAAAGGACAAAGGUCAGGAUGCUCGAGAGAGGAAGGAAUGUGCCAACGGCCACCAGCUGGCACGAGGAACCUUCUUCAGCCACUCCAACUGCCCCCUGUGCGGCGAACUCUUUCUGAACUCUGCGUCCCUGAAGGAGCACCCGAGGACCACCCUCUUGUCCGAUGGCAGCCCGGCCCUGUCCAGGAAUGUCGGCAUGACGGUCUCGCAGAAGGGGGGUCCACAGCCAGCACCCAGCCCGGCGAGAACGGGGCCGCGACUCGGACCAGUCACAGGAGAAAUGGAUGAAGCCGACUCUGCAUUUUUUAAAUUUAAGCAGGCAACGGAUGACUCCCUUUCACUUACAUCCUCGAAUGCCGAGUCCAUUUUUGUAGAAGACCCCUACACUGCCUCGCUGAGAAGUGAGAUCGAAUCGGACGCCCAUGACUUUGAGGCUGAGUCCUGGAGCCUCUCCGUGGAGCCAGCGUACGCAAAGAAACAAAAGAGGGAGGUGGUGAAAAGACAGGACGUGCUGUACGAGCUGAUGCAGACGGAGGCGCACCACGUACGGACGCUGAAGAUCAUGCUCAAGGUCUACUCCAGGGCCCUGCAGGAGGAGCUGCAGUUCACCAGCAAGGCUAUUGGCCGCCUCUUCCCGUGCGCGGACGACCUCCUCGAGCUGCAUAGCCACUUCCUCUCUCGGCUGAAGGAGCGCCGCUGGGAGGCCCUGGAGGAAGGCAGCGACCGGAAUUACAUCAUCCAGAAAAUCGGGGACCUUCUGGUACAGCAGUUUUCAGGUGAAAACGGGGAGAGAAUGAAAGAAAAAUAUGGUGUCUUUUGUAGUGGCCACAAUGAAGCAGUCAGUCAUUACAAGUUGCUGCUGCAGCAAAAUAAGAAAUUUCAAAACUUGAUCAAGAAAAUCGGCAACUUUUCCAUUGUGCGGCGGCUGGGCGUGCAGGAGUGUAUUCUUCUGGUCACUCAGCGCAUCACCAAGUACCCCGUGCUGGUGGAACGCAUCAUCCAGAACACAGAAGCCGGCUCCGAGGACUAUGAAGACCUGACCCAGGCCCUGAACCUCAUCAAAGACGUCAUCUCACAAGUGGACGCCAAGGUCAGCGAGUGCGAGAAAGGCCAGCGCCUCAGGGAGAUCGCAGGCAAGAUGGACCUGAAGUCCUCCAGCAAGCUCAAGAACGGGCUGCCCUUCCGCAAGGAGGACAUGCUACAGCGGCAGCUCCAUCUGGAGGGCACGCUGUGCUGGAAGACCACGUCCGGGCGCCUAAAAGACGUCCUUGCCGUCUUGUUGACCGACGUGCUCUUGCUCCUCCAAGAAAAGGAUCAGAAAUAUGUCUUUGCUUCUGUGGACUCGAAGCGCCCCGUCAUCUCGUUACAAAAGCUGAUUGUGAGGGAAGUGGCCAACGAGGAGAAAGCCAUGUUUUUGAUCAGCGCCUCCCUACAAGGGCCCGAGAUGUACGAGAUUUACACUAGCUCCAAAGAGGAGAGGAACGCCUGGAUGGCCCACAUCCGAAGGGCUGUUGAGAGCUGUCCGGACGAGGAAGAGGUGCCCUUCAGCGAGGCCGAAGAGGAAAGGAAGGUGAUGGAGGCCCGCGCCGUGAAGCUGAGGGACUUCCAAGAGCGCCUAAACCAGAAGGACCAGCAGAUAGCUCAGAGCCUCCGCGAGAAGCAGCUCAUCUACCUGGAGAUGGCCGAGGUGAGCGGGCUGGAAGACCUGGCUCAGUCGCGACUCCUCUUCCGAGGAGGAGACCCCUCAGAGAACCUGCACGGGGAGCUGAUCCUCAAGUUGGCCAUGACUGAGAUCGAGGACAUCCAGAGCCUGAUCUGUAGGCGGCUGGGCAGCUCCAACAGCCUGGCGGAAGACGGAAGCGGCUCCGGGAGCCUGCGCCGGAGGGCAGGGACCAUUGGAGGCUACGACAGCGCCAGUGGUCCUGGCAAGAGUGGCAGUUUUAAGAAGAAGGUGUGUAGCAGUGACCCCGGCCCCCGAGACGGGCAAGACCCCGCAAGCAGCACAGAUGUGAAGCUUGGCGACGCCCCCGGGGCUUCCGAGGAAGCACCACAGACGGUGGAGGCACUGGGCCCUGAGUCCGGCCCCCGUCUGCCCACUGUCCUGGAGUCCGAGCUGAUCCAGCGGAUCCAGACGCUAUCCCAGCUGCUCCUUAGCCUCCAGGCGGUCAUCGCCCAGCAGGAUAGCUACGUGGAGAUGCAGAGGGCCACCAUCCAGGAGCGGGAGAAGCAGUUCCGGCUGCAGUCGACGCGCGGGAACCUGCUGCUGGAGCAGGAGCGGCAGCGAAACUUUGAGAAGCAGCGGGAGGAGCUGGCGGGCGUGCAGAAGAUGCAGAGCCAGCUGCGGCUGGAGCAGCAGCGCUGGGAGCGCGAGCGGGAGCGGCAGCGGCAGGAGCUGGACCUGGCGUCGGCUCGGCUGCAGCAGCGCGAGAGCGAGGUUGCGCAGCUGCAGGAGCAGCAGAGCCAGGAGCGUGCCGAGCUGGACCAGCAGCGCGAGGCCUACCAACAUGACCUGGAGCGCCUGCGUGAGGCCCAGCGCGCCGUGGAGCGUGAACGCGAGCGGCUGGAGCUGCAGCGCCGGCUCAAGAAGCAGAACACGGCGCCCAGUGCACUGCCGCCGGAAUCACCCGCGGAGACCCAGUCCCCAAACCAGCCCCCCAGCUUUAACGGGGAAGGGCUGGAAGGGCCCGCAGCCAUGGCCAAAGUUCCAGGGCCCCGGGUAAGCAUGCUGCUGUCCGGCACUGGACCUGAGUUUCCCGAGCGCCCCGAGGUGGCUCGUCGGGACAGCGCCCCAGCUGACAGCCGACUGGCUAAGAGCGACGUGCCUAUCCAGUUGCUCAGCGCCACCAACCAGAUCCAGAGACAGACAGCCGUGCAACAGCAGAUCCCCACCAAGCUGGCCGCCUCCACCAAGGGCAGCAAGGACAAGGGCGGCAAGAGCAGGGGCUCCCAGCGCAGCGAGAGUUCAGCCUCGUUCGACCUGAAGCAGCAGCUGCUUCUCAACAAGUUUAUGGGCAAGGACGAGAACACCUCUCGGAAUCGCUGCUCACUGAGUCCCAUCCAGCUCAGCAGCCACAGCUCCGUGCCCUCCUCAGACCCCUCCUGCCAAGCCCCGAGCCCAGCCCCAGCUGAUGUGUCCCCCGAGUGCUUCCCCCUCAAGGCCGGGGGGGCACCCUUCCCACCCAUGCCACCGCACCCCACACCACUCAACAAGGAAGAAGCCAGCAAGGAAGAUGUCAUCUUCUUCUAGGGGGUGUGGCUCGAGGUGCAGACCCCUCCCUGUCCUGUACACCCUCUGUGCUCUGGAGAACCACCCAGCUGUCCCUUUUCCCUGCCCAGCAAACUACCACGGAUGACUGCCUGGCCGGGGUUGGGGUCGGGGUCAGGGCUGACCUGUCGUCUCUA